AUGAGCGCGCCUGCAGAUUUUGGUCCCUUCGCGGGCAAGGUCAUUAUCGAAGCGGACCGAAAAAACAAACACCAAGCCGCGAAAGACUAUGCGGCAGCCGCGUCCGCGCCCGCGACCGCCCCGCCCGCCUCCAGCUCCCUCCUCUUUGGCGCCCGUCUCGUCUCCUUUUCGGAUGGCUCCGCCGCCCCGCGCGCCGAUGACCUGUCGCAACGGACGCGGUGGACCAGCGCGUCGGCUGUCUGGCGCGUCAGCCCGACCGAUGAGUUCGCCCAGCGGGGCUGGCCCUCGCCGUACAUCCCGGGCUCCGCCGCCGCCGAGCUGUUCGCAGAUGGCUGCAACCUGCUCAACGCGUUGGAGGUGGUUGAGGGUAUCCUCAACCCCUCCCCUAAGGACCAGGAGUAUGCCGCUGCUGUCGCCGCUGCCUUCGGCACCACCACCACCACCACCAACUCCGCGCCGCCGCCGCCGCCGCCUGGUUCCUUUGCUGCGGCCGUCCUCGCCGCCAAUGCCUCCUCCACCGCCACCACCACAGAAGCAGCAGCACCAGACCCGCCAACAACCCCCGUGGUGGAGGUCCUGUCGGACUGUAAGAACGUCUUGGCCAUAAUCAGGGAUCUCCGCCCGGGUGGCCGCCUGCCCAAGAAGCUCGACGUCGACCUGCUGCGCUGGGUGUUCUCUCUGGCUGCCCGCCUGACGGCGCUCGGCGUCCUGGUUGUCCUGCGGUGGACGCCCGGCCACGUGGGUGUCCCUGGCAAUGAAUUGGCCGACAGCGUCGCCAGAGCGCACCGCCCCGACGUCAUCGACCCGGGUCGCUUCCCGCCUGCCCGCAGCAAGAGGAGGAAGAGGGGGAGUGGAUAG